AUGCUGGGGCUGCAGCUGUUGCUGCUCCUGUCCUGCGGGGGGGCCCUGCUCGGCGCCGGUCUGGACGACACCUCCUUUGUCCACCCGGGCCUCCAGGGACCAAAGAACUCGUCACAGACAGCUCCAGGCAGGGGCUGGUGCUCCACGUGGGGGGCCGGCCACUUCUCCACCUUCGACGGCCACGUGUAUGACUUCGAGGGGACCUGCAACUACGUCUUUGCGGCCCUCUGUACGGACACCUCGCCCACCUUCAGUGUCCAGCUACGGCGAGAACCCAGUGGCAACAUCUCCCGGGUCAUCGUGGAGCUGGGGUCCUCUGCGGUCACUGUGCGGCAGGAGGGCAUCUCCAUCAGAGAUGUGGGAGUCGUCAGCUUGCCCUACACCAGCAACGGGCUGCAGAUCAUCCCUUUCGGCCAGAGCGUGCGGCUGGUGGCCAAGCAGCUGGAGCUAGAGCUGGUGGUGAUGUGGGGCCCGGGCGCCCACCUCAUGGUCCUGGUGGAGGACAAGCACAUGGGCAGGAUGUGCGGGCUCUGCGGGAACUUCGACGGCAAGAAGACCAACGAGUUUCUGAGCGAGGACGGCAAGCUCCUGGAGCCCCACAAAUACGCGGCCCUGCAAAAGCUGGACGACCCCAACGAGAUCUGCACCCACGAGACUGUCCCCAGCCCCCGGGUCCUGCAAGCGGAGCAUGCCCAGACCUGUGCCCGGCUGCUGACCCUGGUGGCCCCCAAGUGCAACGUGCCCAAGGAGCCGUUCCUGCGGAGCUGCCAGGCAGACUUGGCUGUGUGCGCCCAGCCGGGCCGGCAGAGCUGCGGCUGCGCCACGCUGUCCGAGUACUCGCGCCACUGCAGCCUGGCCGGCCAGCCCGUCAGCCGCUGGCGGGGCCCCGGCCUCUGCUCCCUGGGCCCGUGCCCGGCCAACCAGGUGUACCAGGAGUGUGGCGAAGCCUGCGUCAAGACCUGCUCCAACCCCCAGCACAGCUGCGCCAGCUUCUGCACCUUCGGCUGCUUCUGCCCAGACGGUACGGUUCUGGAUGACGUUUCCAAAAACCUCACCUGCGUGCCAGUCACCCAGUGCCCCUGCACACGCGGCGGCGUGGCCUACGCCCCUGGGGAGGUCACUGCGGAUGCCUGCCACACCUGCCGGUGCACCAUGGGGCGCUGGAAAUGCGAGGAGCGGCCUUGCCCCCGGCGCUGCGCCCUGGAAGGCGGCUCCUUUGUGACCACGUUCGACGCCAGGCCCUACCGCUUCCACGGGACAUGCACCUACACCCUCCUCCAGAGCCCGCAGCUCCCCGACGGGGGCUCCCUCAUGGCCGUGUACGACAAGUCUGGGUACUCGCACUCGGAGACCUCCCUGGUGGCACUCAUCUACAUGUCCAGCCAGGACAAAAUCGUGAUUUCCCAGGACGAGGUGGUCACCAACAACGGAGACACCAAGUGGCUGCCAUACAAGACCGGCAACAUCACGGUCUUCAGGCAGACGUCCACCCACCUCCAGAUGGCCACCACCUUCGGGCUGGAGCUCGUGGUGCAGCUGCAGCCCGUGUUCCAGGCGUACAUCACAGUCGGGCCCCAGUUCAGAGGCCAGACCAGGGGGCUCUGCGGCAACUUCAACGGGGACACGACGGACGACUUCACGAGCAGCAUGGGCGUCGCGGAGGGCACUGCCUCGCUCUUCGUGGACUCUUGGCGGGCUGGGAACUGCCCCACCGCCCUGGAGCGCGAGACCGACCCCUGCUCCAUGAGCCAGCUCAACAAGGUGUGUGCGGAGACCCACUGCGCAGUGCUGGUGAACAAGGGCACGGUGUUCGAGAAGUGCCACGCCGUGGUGAACCCAAAGCCCUUCUACAAGAGGUGCGUGUACCAGGCCUGCAACUACGAGGAGACCUUCCCGCACAUCUGCGCCGCCCUGGGCGACUACGCCCACGCCUGCGCCUCGCAGGGCAUCCUGCUCUGGGGCUGGAGAAGCAGCGUGGACAACUGCACCGUCCCCUGCACGGGCAACCAGACAUUCAGCUACGACAGCCGGGCCUGCAGCCGCACGUGCCUCUCGCUGUCCGACCGCGCUGCUGAGUGCCACCCCAGCGCCGUCCCCGUGGAAGGGUGCAACUGCCCGGAGGGCACCUACCUCAACCACAAGGCCGAGUGUGUGCGCAAGGCCCAGUGCCCCUGCCUCUUGGACGACCACAGGCUCGUCCUGGCCAGCCAGUCCACUGUGGUCAAUGGCGUCAUCUGCUACUGCGUGAACGGGCGGCUGAGCUGCCCCGGGCGACCGCAGAUGUUCCUGGCGUCCUGCUCGGCACCCAAGACGUUCCAGUCCUGCAGCCAGUCCUCAGAGAACAAGUUUGGGGCAGCCUGUGCCCCCACAUGCCAGAUGCUGGCCACUGGCAUGCCCUGCGUGCCCACCAAGUGUGAGCCCGGCUGUGUCUGUGCCGAGGGGCUCUAUGAGAACGCCAGUGGGCAGUGCGUGCCCCCCGAAGAGUGCCCGUGCGAGUUUGCAGGGGCCUCCUACCCCCGGGGCGCCCAGCUCCACACUGACUGUAAGACCUGCACCUGCUCGAGGGGCAAGUGGACGUGCCAGGAGAGUGCCCACUGCUCAUCCACCUGCACCCUCUAUGGGGAGGGCCACGUGGUCACCUUCGACGGGCAACGCUUCGUGUUUGAGGGCAACUGCGAGUACAUCCUGGCCACGGAUGGCUGCGGCACCAACGACUCCCGGCCCACCUUCAAGAUCCUGACGGAGAACGUGGUGUGCGGGAAGUUGGGCAUCACCUGCUCCCGGGCCAUCAGGGUCUCCCUGGGGGGCCUGUCCAUCGUGCUGGCGGAUAGGAACUACACGGUCAGCGGGGCCGAGCCCCAUGUGCACUACCGGGUCAAGGCGGGCUCCUUGCACCUGCUGCUGGACAUCACCAUCGGCAGCAACUACAACCUGACCCUCAUCUGGAACAAGCACAUGAGCAUCUCCAUCAAGAUCUCACGCGCCACACAGGACGCCUUGUGCGGCUUGUGUGGCAACUACAACGGGAACAUGAAGGACGACUUUGAGACACGCAGCAAGUACGUGGCGUCCAGCGAGCUGGAGUUCGUGAACUCGUGGAAGGAGAGCCCGCUGUGUGGGGAUGCCAGUUUUGCGCUGGAGCCCUGCAGCGUGAACGCCUUCCGUCGCUCCUGGGCUGAGCGCAAGUGCGGCAUCAUCAACAGCCAGACCUUCGCUGCCUGCCACAGCCAGGUGUACCGCCUGCCCUAUUACGAGGCCUGCGUGCGCGACACGUGCGGGUGCGACACUGGCGGGGACUGCGAGUGCCUGUGCGACGCCGUGGCCGCCUAUGCCCAGGCCUGCCUGGCCAAGGGCGUGUGUGUGGACUGGAGGACCCCCGACUUCUGCCCCAUCUACUGCGACUUCUACAACACCCACACACGGGUGGGUACCGGCCAGUUCCAGUACACACAGGAGGCCAACUGCACGUGGCACUACCAGCCGUGUCUCUGCCCCCAGCAGCUGCAGAGCUUCCCGGACACCAACAUCGAAGGUUGCUACAACUGCUCCCAGGACGAGUACUUCAACCACGCCACUGGGACAUGCAUGCCGUGCAUGCUGCUGCCCACCGCGCCGCCGUCGCCCACCACAGGAGCCAGGCCCACCACGGCCUCCCCCAGAACCACCAGCCGCCUCAGCUCUGUACCCGCGGCCAGCUCACCCCCCACACCUGGGACCCCCACAAUCGGCUUUACACCCACAGCCACGCCCACGGCCACACCCACGGCCUCAGCCCACUCCUCCAUACAGGCGGGGACAGCCCCGAGCACCCAGACAGGCCGGACAGUCUCUGCUGGAGGCACAGCGUCGGCAAGCCUCUCCGCCACAGCUACUGCCACACCCACACCAGAGGAAACGACCGAAAAACGAACCUGGGAAACAACAACACAGCAAGAGACACAUCACACGGAGCCCGCGAGAUCGCCCGAUACUACAACAGGCCAGAGCCCAAUACACACAACUCAUCAGACACACCCCGCCCCCGCCACGUCCCACACGCCCCACACGCCCCACUCGCCACACACGCCCCUCACCACCCCCUCCGGACACACGGGCUCCCCCUCCCACACCGCCCACUCGACACCUCCCCCGCACGGGACGUCCUUCCGCACCACCACCUCCUUCCCAACCGCUUCCCCGUCCAAGACCACGCACUCCACCCAGGUGCCACACUCGGCCACCUCCUCUGUCACCCCCACGUCUCCCCGCGCCGGCACCCCAACCCGGCCACACUCCCCCACCCCUCACUCCGCAACGCCCCCGACCACACACGUCCCUGGCUCCGGCACCGCGCCCCCGCCUAACACCGCCCCGGGCACGGGCACGCUGACCACAGCGGGCACCACGCCGGUCCCGAACUCUGCCAGCACCGCCAAAACCUCCACCCCUCCCACGGCCCACCCUUCGGCACCUGCCCACUCCGGCACCACAUCCACGCAGGCCUCGGGCACCGGAUCCGGGACGCCGCCGCGCACACACCCCGCCUCGGCCACGCCCCACACGCCCCACUCGCCACACACGCCACACACGCCCCUCACCACCCCCUCCGGGCACACGGGCUCCCCCUCCCACACCGCCCACUCGACACCUCCCCCGCACGGGACGUCCUUCCGCACCACCACCUCCUUCCCAACCGCUUCCCCGUCCAAGACCACGCACUCCACCCAGGCCUCGGGCACCGGAUCCGGGACGCCGCCCCGCACACACCCCGCCUCGGCCACGCCCCACACGCCCCACUCGCCACACACGCCACACACGCCCCUCACCACCCCCUCCGGGCACACGGGCUCCCCCUCCCACACCGCCCACUCGACACCUCCCCCGCACGGGACGUCCUUCCGCACCACCACCUCCUUCCCAACCGCUUCCCCGUCCAAGACCACGCACUCCACCCAGGUGCCACACUCGGCCACCUCCUCUGUCACCCCCACGUCUCCCCGCGCCGGCACCCCAACCCGGCCACACUCCCCCACCCCUCACUCCGCAACGCCCCCGACCACACACGUCCCUGGCUCCGGCACCGCGCCCCCGCCUAACACCGCCCCGGGCACGGGCACGCUGACCACAGCGGGCACCACGCCGGUCCCGAACUCUGCCAGCACCGCCAAAACCUCCACCCCUCCCACGGCCCACCCUUCGGCACCUGCCCACUCCGGCACCACAUCCACGCAGGCCACGGGCACCGGAUCCGGGACGCCGCCGCGCACACACCCCGCCUCGGCCACGCCCCACACGCCCCACUCGCCACACACGCCACACACGCCACACACGCCCCUCACCACCCCCUCCGGGCACACGGGCUCCCCCUCCCACACCGCCCACUCGACACCUCCCCCGCACGGGACGUCCUUCCGCACCACCACCUCCUUCCCAACCGCUUCCCCGUCCAAGACCACGCACUCCACCCAGGUGCCACACUCGGCCACCUCCUCUGUCACCCCCACGUCUCCCCGCGCCGGCACCCCAACCCGGCCACACUCCCCCACCCCUCACUCCGCAACGCCCCCGACCACACACGUCCCUGGCUCCGGCACCGCGCCCCCGCCUAACACCGCCCCGGGCACGGGCACGCUGACCACAGCGGGCACCACGCCGGUCCCGAACUCUGCCAGCACCGCCAAAACCUCCACCCCUCCCACGGCCCACCCUUCGGCACCUGCCCACUCCGGCACCACAUCCACGCAGGCCACGGGCACCGGAUCCGGGACGCCGCCGCGCACACACCCCGCCUCGGCCACGCCCCACACGCCCCACUCGCCACACACGCCACACACGCCACACACGCCCCUCACCACCCCCUCCGGGCACACGGGCUCCCCCUCCCACACCGCCCACUCGACACCUCCCCCGCACGGGACGUCCUUCCGCACCACCACCUCCUUCCCAACCGCUUCCCCGUCCAAGACCACGCACUCCACCCAGGUGCCACACUCGGCCACCUCCUCUGUCACCCCCACGUCUCCCCGCGCCGGCACCCCAACCCGGCCACACUCCCCCACCCCUCACUCCGCAACGCCCCCGACCACACACGUCCCUGGCUCCGGCACCGCGCCCCCGCCUAACACCGCCCCGGGCACGGGCACGCUGACCACAGCGGGCACCACGCCGGUCCCGAACUCUGCCAGCACCGCCAAAACCUCCACCCCUCCCACGGCCCACCCUUCGGCACCUGCCCACUCCGGCACCACAUCCACGCAGGCCACGGGCACCGGAUCCGGGACGCCGCCCCGCACACACCCCGCCUCGGCCACGCCCCACACGCCCCACUCGCCACACACGCCACACACGCCCCUCACCACCCCCUCCGGGCACACGGGCCCCCCCCUCCCACACCGCCCACUCGACACCUCCCCCGCACGGGACGUCCUUCCGCACCACCACCUCCUUCCCAACCGCUUCCCCGUCCAAGACCACGCACUCCACCCAGCGGGCACCACGCCGGUCCCGAACUCUGCCAGCACCGCCAAAACCUCCACCCCUCCCACGGCCCACCCUUCGGCACCUGCCCACUCCGGCACCACAUCCACGCAGGCCUCGGGCACCGGAUCCGGGACGCCGCCCCGCACACACCCCGCCUCGGCCACGCCCCACACGCCCCACUCGCCACACACGCCACACACGCCCCUCACCACCCCCUCCGGGCACACGGGCUCCCCCUCCCACACCGCCCACUCGACACCUCCCCCGCACGGGACGUCCUUCCGCACCACCACCUCCUUCCCAACCGCUUCCCCGUCCAAGACCACGCACUCCACCCAGGUGCCACACUCGGCCACCUCCUCUGUCACCCCCACGUCUCCCCGCGCCGGCACCCCAACCCGGCCACACUCCCCCACCCCUCACUCCGCAACGCCCCCGACCACACACGUCCCUGGCUCCGGCACCGCGCCCCCGCCUAACACCGCCCCGGGCACCGUGACCACUGUUUGGACCUCCCCCAUGUCCAGUCGCAUCAGCAUCGGCCAGUUUUCUACUUCCUUAUCCACCACCUCGCAAUCCACCUCUCUCACCACUCGAGUGCCCGUGCCCAGCCUCAUGUCCUCCACGCUGGGCGUGACAGCCGUCCCCAGUGCCCCAGCCACGAACCUCACCACCAGGCCCCCUAGGACCACAGGACUGCUGACCACCGCCUCCCCCACUGCCGGAUCCUCUGCGUCCUCCCUCCUCCCAUCGGCCCCCAGCUACUCCAGUUCUGGGCCCGACAGGACAGAGCCACCUAUGCUCACAGAGGUCUGCAGGGUUCGGGAGCGUGAGGAGGAGAUCACCUACCAGGGGUGCACAGCCAACGUGACAGUGACCCGCUGCGAGGGCGUCUGUGCCUCCUCUGCCAGCUUCAACAUGGGCACCGAUCAAGUGGACACCCAGUGCAGCUGCUGCCGCCCACUCAGCUCCUACAAGCAGCAGUUGGUGCUGCCCUGCCCAGACCCUGAGGCCCCGGGGCAGCAACUGGUUCUUACACUGCAGGUGUUCAGACGCUGCGUGUGCGGCCCCGGGCGCUGCAGAGACUAG